AGAUCUAUUUGUGUCGAACACGAAUCUGUUAUCAUUGAAUAUGUACACAAACCCAUUCAUAUGCUGCCUCAUAAUUGAUUUUAAAGAAUGGGCAUCAAACCAAACACUGUAUUAUGAAGGAACAUGUACUGAUUCAAAAACCACCAUAGAUAUUCACAAUUUUAACGAGACAACCUGCAUAAUUCCAGGAUGGAGCCCUUGGAUCAACUCCUCAUGUUCUGCAACUUGUGGAGAUGGUGUCAUAAUCAAAACCAGAACAUGUGACAAUCCCCCACCGUCUGACGAUGGACUGAAAUGUGUUGGUUCCGAAAUUGAAACAUCACUUUGCAACUUAAGAAAAUGUCGAGCAUCAUGCCGUCGUUCAAAGAAAAGAUCAGUAGACCAUUUGGACAAUAAAUCAGGAUCAAACAGCCUAAAUUGAAAGCCAUGAACCGAAAAAGAAGAGACAGAUUAGAUUGAAAAAAAUGUAAACAAAGUGGAUCGAUUUCAUUCUUAUAUAAAACUGAGGGAAAAUUUUAACAUGGUUUACAUUUUAUGAUCAUCAUUGUGGGAACAUUCAUUCUUUGCUUUCGUUUGAAAAUCUAACUUUCGAUAUCUUAGAUACCAUCUGUGUGGUUAACCUUCUCACGAGUGCGAACGUACUAAUUCUUACUUGUAUAAUGUAAUCUUGAAUUCAGUUAUUAGGUUAGAUGACUUUUAAUUGGACCUAUCAAAGCAUUUCAUCUGUGAUAUGUAUGACAAUAAAUUUGUAAA